AUGUUGACAGAUUUUCGCAUUCCACGACACCUAACCUCACAUUUACAGUCCCUGGACACAACAUUUGUGCAGCUUGCUGUGUUUUGUGACGCCUCUGAAAAGGCCUAUGGAGCUUGUUGCUAUCUUCAAACCAUCGAUCGAGUGACAGGUGACGUGUUUACAAGUCAACUUUUGUGCGCGAAAACUCGUGUUGCUCCCCUGAAACAAGUUUCUUUGCCAAGAUUGGAACUUUGUGGAGCUGUUCUCGCCAUGAGACUUCUCCAGAGUGUUCUCUCAGCAAUUACAGUGAAAAUUCAUUCCAUCAAAGCCUUCACAGACUCCACAAUUGUGCUGUGUUGGCUCUCAGCAGAACCUACAAAGUGGAAAACGUUUGUCGCGAAUCGUGUUUCACAAAUUCAAAGUGUUUUGGGUCGAGAAUCUUGGGCUCAUGUGCCAUCUGCGAUGAACCCUGCUGAUCUUGCGUCACGAGGAGUCAGCCCACCAUUACUCAAAGACAACAAAUUGUGGUUCAACGGCCCAGACAUGAAGAAAAUUCCAAACAGUGCAGAUUUUCCAGUGCCAAAUUUGACUCAAGACGAACUUGAGCAAAAAGUGUCGUGUGUAGUGUCAACAAAAAACGAUUUCUGGGAAAUUAUCGAGCGAUUUUCAUCCCAUUCAAAAUUGAUCAAGUGUUUGGCCUAUUGGAGGCGAUAUUUCGACAAUCUCAAAUGCCUCAUUGAAAAGAAAAACAUCAACAGUGGCCCACUGACCGUCAGGGAGCUCAGGGCAACAAAUACCCUUGUGAUUCGUGCAGUGCAAAGUGGUUAUUUUUCAGACGAUAUCAAUCGUCUCAGUGCCCGUGAGAAGCUUGCCAAUAGUUCGAGAAUUAGAGACUUAAACCCCUAUCUUGACGAUCAGAAAAUACUCCGAGUGGGGGGAAGGAUUGCAAAUGCACCAGUGUCAUCAACACAAAAGCAUCCUGCUCUUAUUCCUGACAAACACCCUUUUACGCAACUUAUUGCCGACAAAAUUCACCUCGAAACGUGCCAUGGGGGCCCUCAACUGAUGUUGUACACUUCCCGACAGGAAUAUUGGACCCUCAGAGGAUUGGAUGUCAUGAAGGCAGCCCGGCGCAGAUGUGUUAGAUGUUUCCGGUGUCAACCUCAUCCCAUGCACCAGCUCAUGGGGGACUUGCCACCCUAUCGUCUACAUUUCACCAAGGCUUUCGACAAAGUAGGAGUGGAUCUUUGUGGCUACUUUCUUAUUAAAGCCACACUCAGAAGGAAUGCGAGCACCAAAAUGUACGUCACAAUUUUCGUAUGCAUGGUCACACAUGCAGUGCACCUAGAACUCGUCACGGAUUUAUCCAGAGACGCAUUUUUGGCGGCCUUCCGGCGAUUUAUCUCACGUCGUGGCAAACCAUCAGAUGUUUUCUGCGAUAAUGCCAAGAACUUUGUAGGGGCAAAUCGUCAUUUUCAAGAGGUACGUGAAACAUUAUGCAACAAAAAGGAUCAGGAGUUCAUCACGCAGAUCGCUGCAGAAGCUCAAGUCAACUUUCACUUCAUCCCGCCAAGAAGUCCGCACUUCGGAGGAAUGUGGGAGUCAUCCGUGAAAAGUUUCAAAAAACAUUUCUACCGCAUCGUAGGCACCAGUUCUCUUACUCAGGAAUCCAUGCUGACAAUUCUUGCGGAAAUUGAGAUGUGCUUGAAUUCGAGACCAUUGGCACCUAUGUCAUCAUGUCCUACAGACUUUACAGCAUUGAGUCCUGGACAUUUUCUUAUUGGACGUGCACUCAAUGCCGUACCCGAUCACGACUUGACCGAACUGCCUUCAAAUCGUCUAGAUAAGUGGCAGAGGAACCAGCAGAUUGUCCAGCACUUCUGGAAGCGAUUCAAACAGGAAGUGUUUUCACAGCUACAGCAGCGCAAGAAGUGGAAGGACAAGCAACCAGAGUUGAGAACUGGAGAUCUGGUCGUAAUCAUCGAGGACAAUCUACCGCCCCUCUCAUGGAUUCUCGGCCGUGUCACGGAAAUUCAUGUCGGACGAGAUGGACAUGUACGGGUGGCCAAAAUCCGGACGCAGUAUGGCGAAUACGUCAGAGCGAUCACCAAACUGGCUCGCCUACCAGAAGACGUUCAGAACUCGGAGGUUCUGCCGGGGGAAAAUGGAGACGAGCUCCAUGAGAAAAGCGUUAAGUUUUAA